AUGCAGCUAGAGGAAGAGUGGCGCUGUUUCGAGCUAGCAGAACUAGAGCGCGAAAACCAGCUGCAGCUGCAGGUAAAACACGAGCACCUGAAGCGAGUUCAGAAACUGGAAAAAGAUUUUCGGGAGCAGAUGUCAACUGUGGAUAAUCAGUUGGACACAAUGAAAAUGGAACGGCAACAGAAACAUUCCCAACCGAUUACCGUUAAGAGUCAAAGUACACCGCUACUAGCUCCGCCGGGAAAGACGGGUAUUUGUGUUGAGUCGGAAAUGGAUGAUACGGAGGAGAGUUCCAGUUCGGAGGAAGAAACUGAUAAGGAACCGGACGAGAAGGUUAAGCAGGGUUCCAGACCAACAAAGGGCCAACUUGCUGCCAGGCACGGGAUCGGUAAACACCUUCCUCUAUUUUCGGGAAAGCCGGAUGAUUGGCCACUGUUUUAUGCGGCGUAUAACUCUUCUACAAAGGCGUGCGGGUUUAGCGAUGUCGACAAUUUAGCACGUCUGCAACAAUGCCUAAGGGGCGAUGCACUGGAGCUUGUACGAGGACAACUGCUUCUUCCGAAAUCGGUCCCUCGUGUUAUUGAGAAGCUUCGCCAACACUUUGGUCGUCCCGAGCAAUUACUGGAUCGUCUGUUGGAACGCGUUAAAGAAUUGCCGGCACCGAAGAAUCUGAAAGGGUUCAUUCCAUUCGCCAACGUAGUAGAGCAGCUUUGCGAUCACGUGGAAGCAGCGGACCUUAAGGAGCACCUGAAGAACCCGUUGCUUAUACAGGGCCUGAUAAGAAAGCUUCCGGAUGCGGAGAAAAGACAGUGGGCUGACAUUAAACGAGCUCGAGAGGGAAGAAAGAUUUCUCUUCGCACCGUUACGGACUUUCUCCUACGAAUUGCGGAUGAUGCGCGGGAAGCAGAAGUGGACAUCGAGCGUACCACGGAGACGAGAUUCUCAGGUGAACAUUCCGGUCGAAAGCGAAAAGAGAAAGGAGCAGUAUUCAGUCACGCCGAGGAAGGAAAUUCGAAUACAGUCGUCAGCCACCGAUUAGGGUUGAAACCAUGCAAAGUGUGCCAGCGUACCGACCACCGAUUGCGGUUUUGUCACGAUUUCAAGAACUGGUCACACGCCGAGCGCGUAGCAAUGGUGACCCGCGAUAAGCUAUGCAAGCUAUGCCUCGGAGAACACGGAGGACAAUGCCGGUUCAAGUUUCGUUGCAACGUUGGCUCCUGUAAGGAGGCACACAAUCCGCUCAUUCACCCGGUCAGUACGGUGGGUAUUAGUGCACACAUUCACUCGUGCAACCCCCUGCUGUUUCGGAUAAUUCCCAUACAACUACAUGGUAGGGAUCGGACGCUGACGGUUUUGGCAUUUUUGGACGAAGGUGCUUCCGUCACAUUGAUCGAAGGUAAGCUAGCCGAUAGAUUGGGUAUUGUCGGGGCCGAAGAAAAGCUUACAAUCAAAUGGACUGCCGACUAUUCACGUACUGAGAAGAACUCAAGAAAAAUGAAUGUGUGGGCUUCAGCAGUUGGUGUUGGAGAAAAAAUGUUGCUCAGAACGGUUCGCACUGUGGGCAAGUUAAUGCUGCCACAUCAGAAAUUGGAUGCUGCAGUACUUUCAGCCCGCUAUCAAUACAUGAGCGAUCUGCCGAUCGCAUCUUAUGAAGGCCAGCCAGAGCUUCUUAUCGGUCUCAACAAUGUUCAUGCUUUCGCGCCCAUGGAAGUGAAGAUAGGUACCGUCGCUGACCCGAUUGCCGUCCGUUGCAAACUCGGAUGGACAGUAUAUGGUCCGAAUCAAGCAAGCCAUACUACAGAGAGAGGAUACGUAUGCUUGCAUCACGAUGUAACCAACGAAGACAUACAUGGUUUACUGAAAAGCCACUAUGCAUUAGAGGAAUCAGUGGUAGCAACGGCCCAAGAAUCUGCAGAGGACAAAAGAGCGAUGGAGAUUAUGGAGCGGACCACGAAACGCAUCGGAGAACGGUUCCAGACCGGUUUGCUCUGGAAGGAGAACAAACCGCAAUUUCCGGAGAGUAUUCAGAUGGCGCUGAGGAGAAAUUUGCAGCUGGAGCGGAAGUUAAUGAAAAAUCCGGAAUUAUACACGAAAGUGCGAAUGCAAAUCGAGGAAUAUGUGGAGAAGGGAUACGCUCACUUGGCCACAAAAGAGGAGCUGGAGAAUACCGAAGCAGGGAAAGCGUGGUACUUGCCGAUAAAUGUCGUGCUGGAACCGAAGAAACCGGGAAAGGUGCGUAUCGUCUGGGAUGCUGCGGCGACGGUGCAAGGUGUUUCGCUUAAUAGCAAGCUACUGAAGGGACCGGAUCUACUCGUACCGUUAGUGGCAGUAAUUAUCGGGUUCCGUGAGCGGAGAAUCGCAUUCGGGGGCGAUCUCAAGGAAAUGUUUCAUCAGCUGAAGAUUAUCAAGGAAGAUCGUCAAGCCCAGCGAUUUCUCUUUCGAUCCAAUCCCGAAGAGGAUCCUAAAGUUUAUGUGAUGGACGUAGCUACAUUUGGGUCGACCUGCUCGCCGAGUUCCGCCCAAUUCGUAAAAAAUCGGAACGCCGAGGAGCAUGCAAGUCAGUACCCUGAAGCAGCCGAUGCUAUAAUCAAUCGGCAUUACGUCGAUGAUUAUUUCGACAGUGUCGACACAAUCCAAGAAGCAGUGCAGAGGGCGAAACAGGUGAAGCUUGUGCACAAGAACGGGGGCUUUGAAAUCCGGAACUGGGUUUCGAAUUCUCCAGAGGUAUUACGAAGUUUGGGCGAAGACAAUCCGGUCGUGGCAGUUCAUUUCAACCAAGACAAGGAGACAUUGCGAGAACGAGUGUUAGCGCGAAGAGGUCGAUCAAUAUUUACAUGGUGGUAA